GCGCAUAGGGCUUUCUGUAUUCGCUUUCUGCUUUCCUUCCUUCCUUUUUUGGCAUCCAGGUGACAGAGAGACCAAUAACGUCAAGCUCUACUCACUUUCGUCCCGGUGCUAGAGACUAUCAGCGAUAUCAAAACAUAUUCACUCUUUCAGCACACCUCACCCUAAGAACGAACUCAAGAUGCCUCGCCGCAGGAGCAAAACUCCCAGCAGCGUCGCGAACAAGACCCAGGGCACCGAGCGAUCUAGCAAGAACCUUCACACAGCACAAGCCGCCGCCACCACCGCCACCACAACUCCAGCCAUCGCACUCUCGAGCCCAGUGGCCUCUCGAGCGAGCUUUCCAGGAGCAGUCCGCCACGAGCGCCCGUCACGGAGCAGUGCGUCUUCUCCGUCGCCCUCGCCCAUGGACCCCGUGUUCGAGACCGGCUUCCACGAUCUCAUCUCGCGCAAUGCGGGCCCCACUGGCGUUAUCAAUCCCGACACUGUUUGGGCUUUGACGAGGGACCAGAUGGCUAGAGAGACGUCCCCGGAUGAUGAAGAGGAGUUCCGGAGACCGGUGUUGGGGUCGCAGUAUAGAAGGGAGCCGGAGCGGGACUACCUGGAGGGGGAGCAUGACCACUUGGGCGACGAGCAGGACCACUUAGACAGGGAGCAGGGAUCCCAAAGCAGAAAACGGAGGCUCCCGCAUGAGCCGAUCGGAGAAGCGGUUGAAGAAGCAGACCGGCGCGCCGAAUCCCCCGAAGAAGACAACAGAGAUCGCGAUACCUUCAUGUUCCAGCACCAGACGUACCGGACGGUGCAGUACCAGACGGCGCAGUUCCCAAGCGGCCUGCCACUAGGACUGUACGCGUUUGCGCACGGCAACGGGAAUGCCCACGGCGUGGGCCCAUACGCCGACGGACCGUACCCGGACAUUGUCACGAUCCACGCGACCGGCUCCUCCGCUAUCGCCACCUCCUUCGUCCAGAGAGCAGUCUCCGCCGCAAGGGGCUACGUCUACGUCUUCGCGUUCCCUGCAACCGCCGGCGCCGAGACGUGUGCUGCAGUUGCGCUCUUCUUCACAUCGUGGUGGAGAUGGCUCUGUUCGUCACGAUGGGGCUUGAGAACUCGACCAAGAGGGCUAGAAACUGGAGACAGGAGACCGUAA